AUGAUUUAAACUUUUGCUUUAUUUUUGCAAUUCUUGUUAUGCUUAUCACAAUGGAUUAGUUCAUAUACAAAUUUGAUUAAUGAUAAGAAUUUGACAACAUUCUCUUAAGUUGGGCCAAGUAAUAGCAAUUAUCUUGUAUGCAAUUCACCCUAAAUAAAAUACUUGACUUUAAAUAGAGAUUAUCCUACUGCCACUCAGAAAAAAUAAAUUAGUUUAGAGAAAGGUAAUCACAUAUCAUUUGAAUUAAUUCUAUAAGGUACUUGGUAAAAUGGAUAAAUUUAAUUUUAAUUUGGAGCAGAAAUAAUUUCAUUUUAAUAUUAAACUCCUAACUCGUUUGAAAACUUCUCAAUCAUUUGUGAUUCUUACUAAUCAGAAAUUAAAACAAUUAAUUUUAUUUUACAAAAAUCAGAUUCAAAUAUAAUAAAAUUUACAAUGUCUAAUGAAGGAAAUGGAUAGGUUUCAAUUAGAAAUUUAUUAAUAUCAAAAAUUAAAUGCCAUUAUUUAUGCACACAAUGUAAUGGCAUAGAGUAUAAUUAAUGUACUUAGUGUUUUUAUGGAACACCUUUGGAUGGCAUUUGUAAUGAAUGUCCUCUAAAUAUGGUAUUUAGACCUGGAAUUGGAUGCUCAUUAUUUUGCAAUUAUUAGGAAUAUCUUGACUUUAAUCGACAUUGUUAAUAAUAUCCCAGUAAAUUUUUAUAUAAUCAAAAAAGGUAGGCAAAUAUUGUUUUCUGAUUACUAUAUGGUUGAAGAGUAGGUUAAAAUGGAACUUAUAUUAGAUACAGAGAAUACAAAUCAUAUUCCCAUUUAUAUGUCGUAUGUUGGGAGAUAUGAUCUUUUAGGGGUCUUUAGAUAUAACUAAGGAACUAAAAGAUUGAUAACUGAAGUAACAACUAACAUUGGAACCUAUUUAAUUGGAAUCAGAACAGUUAUAAUUCUUUAUAAUGAAAUACCAUGUGGUAGUAGCAUUUCAUUAAAAAUUAAUGACACUUAUGCAGGGUCGGUAUAUAAUGAUUGUCAAUAAUUACAAUUUCAUAAAUUAAGAUUAGUAUAUAUUGAUAUCCUUAAACUUUAUUAAAGUUAUACUAAUCGUUAGGCUUAUUAUUUGUUUUUGCUCCUCGAUAUUCCUUAAUAUCAAUUUACUUUAUCUAUUGUUGGAAAUUACAUGUAAUAUUUAAUUAAAAUAUCAAGUGAUCUUUCAGCAACUUGGGCAUACGAGAACAUAAAUUUGAAUUCUGGCUAUUGCCCAGAGAAUUGUCAACUAUGUGAAUUACCAAAUGAAUGUAAAAUAUGUUAUCCAACCUUUUAUAAAUACAGAGAUGGUUAAUGUAUACUUUGCACUGCUCCAUAUCAAAAAUUGGAUGGUUCUUAUUGUAAAGAUUAUGAUGAUGAAACAUUAUGUAAAAAAUACUAUAUUCUUAGAUUCUGAAUAUUUAAUUAAAGAAUACUAUGACUUAGCAAUUGAUCCUAAUUAAUUUUCACGAUACACUCUCAUCUCUAAGAAUGGGAUAAAUUUUAUGAAAGGUUCUGAUAUCUUAUAUUCUAUCUAUUAUGGUACCUACUUAAUUUUUGGAGGUGAAUUAGUUUGGGCUUAAGCCAAAUUUUCUAGGGUGCAUUAGAUUAUUAAACCACAUCAUAGUAUAACAAUAGGAUUUUAUAUAUUAUUUGGGCCAUCCUUCCCAUAAGAUAGUCAAUUUAUAUAUACAAUAGGAUCAAACAAUCCUGUUAUUACAUUUAAGGGCUCAUCUCAAACAAAAAGAGUAUAUGAAAGAAUACAACAUUCAUCAUCAUCAUUAACUAUUUAAUGGGAAUGUUAUGGGCCUAAUAAUGAACCUAAAAAUGCAUAUUGUGGAUUUUAUAAUUAUUAUAUAGCAGUACAUUAUUGUAAGCCUUAUUGUGAAAAAUGUACAAGUCAAAAUGAUUGUACAUAAUGGGAUAAUAGCUACGAUCCAAAUAUAAUUAAAUUAUCUUAAGCAGAUUGCGAUAGUAAUUAAUAUUUUGAUAAAAAUGCUUUAAAUUGCUUUAUAUGUCCCUCUACAUGUUUAACAUGCUCAUCUUAAUUUCACUGUUUAACUUGUUAAGAAUCAUUUAUAAAUUCUAAAUAAGGUUGUGUAUGCAAAAACAAUUAAUAUCAGUAUUCUAAUUAUUGUUAUGAUUGUCCUAUAGAAUGUGCAAACUCUCAAUGGUGCAUGAAUGCUCUUAAAUUCAUAACCGUAUUUAUUCUAAUGGCUAAUGCUAUUGUAAAAAUGGAUAUAAUUCUUUUGAUUCUGAUCCAAUUUGUUAUAAGUGUUUAACACAUUAUUGUCAUGUUUGUGAUUAAGUUGAUGGAAUAAAAUGUUAUACUUGUUAACGUGGUUAUCAAUUAAUUUAAAACAAUUGCUUUUCUAUUUGUGGUGAUGGAAUAAAAACUAUAGAUGAAUAAUGUGAUGAUGGGAAUUUAAUAAGAGGAGAUGGAUGUUUUGCUUGUAGAUAUGAUUGCGAUCAUUCCUGUUAACUUUGCCAUAAAGGAAUCUGUUUAGAAUGUUAUGAUGGCUACAUUUUGA